UAGGAGAAAAGAGGAGAGAAAGAGCGAGCCUCACCUCCUCAAACAGCGAGUGAGGUAGGGAAAAAGAGCCAGAAAGCGACAGAGAGAGAGCGCGCGAGGACGAGAAGAGGCUGUGGAGUUAAAGGAAAACAGGCGACAGCGGCUUGGACCUCGCGCGAGGAGUGUUUAUUAUCUACGCUUUUAUUGUAGAAAGUGUCCAACAUUCACACUGAUUCGACAUGUCAUCGUCCGGUAAAGACAACAGCGGUGCCCAACAUGCCAAUUACGUGGGACCUUACCGUUUGGAGAAGACGCUGGGAAAAGGACAGACAGGGUUGGUGAAGCUUGGAGUCCACUGUGUAACAUGCCAGAAAGUCGCUAUAAAGAUCGUCAACCGGGAGAAACUCAGCGAGUCAGUACUAAUGAAGGUGGAGCGGGAAAUAGCUAUUCUGAAGCUCAUAGAACACCCACAUGUAUUAAAGCUACAUGAUGUCUACGAAAAUAAAAAAUACUUGUACCUUGUGCUUGAACACGUGUCUGGUGGUGAGCUGUUUGACUACUUGGUGAAGAAAGGAAGGUUAACACCUAAAGAGGCCAGGAAAUUCUUCAGACAGAUCAUGUCUGCGCUGGAUUUUUGCCACAGUCAUUCCAUAUGCCACAGGGAUCUGAAGCCAGAGAACCUGUUGCUAGAUGAAAAGAACAACAUCAGGAUAGCAGACUUUGGCAUGGCCUCCCUUCAGGUCGGAGACAGUCUACUGGAAACCAGCUGUGGAUCUCCACAUUACGCCUGCCCAGAGGUCAUCAGGGGGGAGAAAUAUGACGGGAGGAAAGCAGACGUCUGGAGCUGUGGGGUCAUUCUGUUUGCCCUGUUGGUGGGUGCACUGCCGUUUGACGAUGACAACCUGAGGAAUCUGCUUGAGAAGGUAAAGCUUGGAGUGUUUCACAUGCCACACUUCAUCCCACCAGACUGUCAGAACCUUCUCCGUGGUAUGAUUGAAGUGGACGCCUCCAAAAGACUAACGUUAGAACAGAUCCAGAAGCACACAUGGUACAUAGGAGGGAAGAAUGAACCAGAGCCAGAGCAGCCCGUGCCCAGAAAGGUGACCAUCCGCAGCCUGCCUUCCGCAGACGACAUUGACCCAGACGUACUGGACAGCAUGCACUCUCUGGGCUGCUUCAGGGACAAAAACAAACUACUGAAGGACCUGCUCUCAGAUGAUGACAACCAGGAAAAGAUGAUCUACUUCCUGUUACUGGACCGAAAGGAAAGGUAUCCCAGUCAGGAGGACCAGAACCUUCCCCCGCGCAAUGAAGUUGAUCCUCCAAGGAAGCGGGUGGACUCUCCGAUGUUAAACCGUCACGGCAAGAGGAGACCAGAGAGGAAGUCCAUGGAGGUCCUCAGUGUUACAGACGGAGGUUCGCCGGUACCAGCUAGGAGAGCGAUCGACAUGACACAGCAUGGACAAAGUAAAUCAGUGUACAGUAAAAGCUUGGAUAUUCCAGACGCUGGUUCAAAACGCAGCAAAGAAGAAAGGUCGCGGUCUAUCAGCGGAGCCUCCUCCGGCCUUUCCACCAGCCCCCUCAGCAGCCCACGGGUCACCCCUCAUCCUUCCCCUCGAGGCAGCCCCCUCCCUACUCCAAAGGGCACCCCGGUGCACACUCCCAAGGACAGCCCAUCCGGGACCCCUACUCCAACGCCGCCACCCAGCCCGUCCAUUGGAGGCUUGCCUUGGAGGACACGCCUCAACUCCAUCAAAAACAGCUUCCUGGGCUCGCCUCGCUUCCACCGCAGGAAACUCCAAGUUCCCACACAAGAGGAGAUGUCCAGCCUCACACCAGAGUCUUCCCCAGAACUUGCCAAAAAAUCCUGGUUUGGUAACUUCAUCAACCUGGAAAAAGAGGAGCAGAUCUUCAUCGUCAUCAGAGACAAGCCUCUCAGCUCCAUCAAGGCCGACAUCGUUCAAGCCUUUCUCUCGAUCCCCAGCCUGAGCCACAGUGUGAUCUCUCAGACCAGUUUCCGAGCAGAGUACAAGUCCACAGCAGGCCCCACAGUCUUCCAGAAACCAGUCAAAUUCCAGGUGGAUAUCACCUACACGGAGAGCACAGCUGCCACCAAGGAGAACGGCAUCUACUCUGUCACAUUCACCCUGCUCUCAGGACCCAGUCGGCGCUUCAAGCGAGUAGUGGAGACGAUUCAGAGCCAGUUGUUAAGCACACACGACCAGCCCGGGGUCCAGCAGCUGUCUGACGAGAAGAAUGGACAGGUGCCCUACCCCUCUGGCACGCCCACCAAGCGCUGCCCCUCGCCCAUGCACGUCCGGAGGCACGAGCCUGAAAAUAAUGACACCAAAUGCCCCGCGGCGGGCCGAGACAAAGCCAGGUUGUCGCUGGCAUCUGUGGGGACACAAGAGGAGUCUUAAAAAACAAUUCCAGUAUCUCUAUGAGGAACAGAGAGUAUCUCAGCUGGAUAUACAGAAUCACUCAUGGACACUUUUUUAAAUUAAUUUAUUUAGAUAGAAAUAUAUGAGAGAUAUUUUGCAAAAAGCAUACUGCACAUCUAUUAUAAACCUCACCAUCAUCUCCCCCUCCCCUCUCUACCCUAAACAUCUGCUCACCUGUGUUGUUUCUGCUAACCUGUGUGAUGACCUGAUUGUUUCUGAUACCAGGAAUCAUCCAGAAAACCUAUUAAGCCCCUCCUCCUGCUCCCCGCUCCGUCAACCCUCCUUCAACCACCUCCACCCCCUUGAGCACGCCGAAAGAGAGACGGACAUUUGUUGGCGGAGGACUGCUUUUAGAGGUGCGCUGAGAGGGUGGGGGUUACCAUGGAAACAGACCCUUCAUGCAGACUUCUGCCUUCAUCUCCCCCUGAGCCCCUUUUUUUUCCACCUCUGGCAGCCAUCAGUAGAAGUAGAUGAAAAUACCUUUAGCAUCCACCCUCCCUCCCUCCUCAUCUGAGAAACAUGUGCACAAGUAAUACACAAAUGACACACAAGACCCUCCUCUCCAGCCUCUUUCCCCCUCCUCGGGGAGCGUUCACAAUUUGGAAAAAAAAAAAAAAAAUGCAAUUUUACUAAACACACAAACACAAACAUGCAUACAUGCACAGGUCCAGUAUGCACUGAAAACUCUGGGAUGUAUCAACACAAAAAGAAGACACAUUCGCUGGAGGAGAGAAGGGGGAGGAUUUUUCGUGGAAACGCCCAAAAACAGCCGACGCGGAUGCUUGCUGGAUUGUAUUUCUUUGCUUUUUAAUGUACUUUCUUUGUGAAAAACUGGGUUUAAAAUACUGACUUUAUUAGACUUGACUCUAUUGCUGCAACAUGGACUGGAAUUGUGAUUUCAGAGAGGAGCCGGGUGAGAGCAGA